CAUUAGUGUCGCUGUAGGUAACCACACUUGUCACUCUCUCUCUCUCUUUUCUGAGCAGAAGCACUAGUAGCUACACACACAACUCAUUAGCUGACAAAGGCAAAAGCAAAAGAAAAAGAACCCCAAGCUUCAGUUUCAGUUCUCAGUUACCGACAUUCAGAAACCAGAGAUGGGAUCUGGUGCUGGAAGUUUCCUCAAAGUUCUCCUUAAAAACUUCGAUGUUCUUGCUGGGCCUGUGGUUAGUUUGGUUUACCCACUGUAUGCCUCAAUUCGGGCUAUAGAGACCAAAUCUCCAACUGAUGACCGCCAAUGGCUUACGUAUUGGAUUCUCUAUUCUAUGAUUACACUCAUUGAGCUCACCUUUGCUAAACUUAUUGAGUGGAUCCCAGUCUGGUCAUAUGCCAAGCUGAUCAUGACUUGUUGGCUGGUCAUCCCAUACUUCAGUGGUGCUGCAUAUGUCUACGAACACUAUGUCAGGCCGUUUUUCCUCAACCCACAGACAAUCAACAUUUGGUACGUUCCAAAGAAGAAGGACAAGCCGGAUGAUAUUCUAACAGCUGCAGAGAAGUACAUUGAAGAGAAUGGUACUGAAGCAUUUGAGAAACUCAUUCACAGGUCUGACAAGUCCCAAAGGAGUGGAGGAUUCAUCUUUGAUGAUGAUCAUAAGUACUACUGAGGCUCAUACUUGCAACGCGUUUUCAAUGUCAUGUAGUUCCUUGGUGGAGUAAAAGAGAUGUUAGCCGUGAUCCUUUCAUGGCUGAUGCCUAGAUUUUGCUUUGUUUGUUUGUUUGUAAAGGAUACUCAACGAUCCUUACUUUUAUGUAAUUAAUGGUGGUUUGAUGAUAAUAUGUUUCUUAAUUAGAUUA